GUCAACGUCAACGUCAACGUAUACGUUCGUAAACGCAUACAUUCGUAAUAUCGACACAUUCGCGUGCGAUCGCUGACGGUCGCCGCACGUUCACGUUUCACGCGUGCCUACCUACGCGCAUACAUACGACACACAUACGCGCGCGCGUGGCGGCCGUUCACACGUCAUAAGAGCCGCAAACACGCUGUCGCACGGCUCAGACUGUGUUUCGGAGCAGCGCGUGUCGCACGUAUAUCGCGAGUAUAUUCAGCGAGAGUGACCGCUUCCGCUUUCCUACUUUUCUCAUCGAUCGAAUUUUUCAUCAAGUCUCUCCGUUCGACUUUUCGCCCUCGUACAUCUCUCCCUCCUAUCUCUCUACGUACGUGGCGGACGUGGAGGACACCUUGAUAACAUGUGCGGAAUUUUUGCUUAUUUAAAUUACUUGACGCCGAAAAGCAGGAAGGAGAUCUUGGAACUGUUAGUCGUUGGUUUAAAGAGAUUAGAAUAUCGCGGAUAUGAUUCUGCAGGCGUUGCCCUCGACAGCGCGGAUGGCAAGGACAUCUCGAUUAUUAAGAAGCAAGGAAAGGUCAAGGCUCUCGAAGAGGAGAUAUUUUGCCGCACCAAUCUUGACUUUGAGUCGGAAACUCAAUAUCACGUUGGCAUUGCUCACACGCGAUGGGCGACUCAUGGUGUUCCGUCAGAGGUGAAUGCCCAUCCUCAGCGUUCUGACAGCGAGCACGCUUUCGUCGUUGUUCAUAAUGGUAUCGUGACGAAUUACAAGGAAGUCAAGACUCUUCUACAACAAAGAGGAUACGUGUUCGAAAGCGACACCGAUACCGAAGUUAUCGCCAAAUUGAUCCAUCAUCUUUGGGUACAACAUCCCGCAUAUUCGUUCCGUGAACUCGUCGAACAGGUUGUUCAACAAUUGGAAGGAGCUUUCGCGCUAUGUUUCAAGAGCAAGUACUUUCCGGGAGAAUGCGUGGCUACAAGGCGAGGAUCGCCGCUUCUUGUUGGUAUCAAGACAAAGACAAGACUGGCUACCGAUCAUGUGCCUAUCCUUUAUGGAAAAGACGAUCUUCAAUGCGCAAUAAACAAAGAAGGUGAAACACCAUCUCAAGAUCAUCGUCCACAUGGCAGAAAUCCGGAACUUCCGGUCAUGCCGCGUAGCGAGAGUACAUCCGAAUUUCAACCUCUUGAAGAUAAGGAGGUUGAGUAUUUCUUCGCUUCCGAUGCAAGUGCCAUAAUCGAACACACCAAUCGUGUGAUAUUUUUAGAGGAUGAUGACGUGGCAGCUGUUAAAGAAGGCGCGCUAAGUAUCCAUCGUCUUCGUCGGUGCAUGGAUGAUCCUCACGCUCGCGAAAUUACGACACUUAAGAUGGAAAUUCAGCAGAUCAUGAAAGGCAAUUACGAUUAUUUUAUGCAGAAAGAAAUUUUUGAGCAGCCGGAAUCGGUGGUAAACACCAUGAGGGGACGCUUGAAUUUUCAAGAUAACUCUGUCACCUUGGGCGGCAUUAAAGAUUACAUUCCCGAGAUCAAGAGAUGCAGACGUCUUAUGCUGAUCGGUUGCGGUACGAGCUAUCAUUCCGCUAUAGCCACGCGACAGCUUCUCGAAGAAUUGACAGAGCUGCCAGUGAUGGUCGAGCUCGCGUCCGACUUUUUGGAUCGUAAUACACCGGUCUUUAGAGAUGACGUUUGUUUCUUUAUUUCUCAAUCGGGCGAAACAGCUGAUACAUUAAUGGCACUACGUUAUUGCAAAAGCCGCGGAGCUCUUAUCGUGGGUAUAACUAACACAGUCGGCAGUAGUAUCUGUCGCGAGUCUCACUGCGGUGUGCACAUCAAUGCUGGUCCUGAAAUCGGUGUAGCGAGUACAAAGGCCUAUACCUCACAAUUCAUUUCCCUUGUGAUGUUUGCACUGGUAAUGAGCGAGGAUAGAAUCUCUCUUCGCGCGAGACGUUUACAAAUUAUCGAAGGUUUGAAAAAUCUCGAUAAUCUCAUUCGCGAAGUAUUGAAGCUCGAUGAUAAGGUCAAAGAGCUAGCCAAAUCUUUGUUUCAACACAAGUCUUUGUUGAUUAUGGGCCGUGGAUAUAAUUUCGCUACGUGCAUGGAAGGCGCACUCAAAGUUAAAGAAUUGACGUAUAUGCACAGCGAAGGAAUUAUGGCCGGUGAAUUAAAGCACGGCCCGUUAGCUCUCGUUGACGAUUCUAUGCCGGUAAUUAUGAUUGUGAUGAGAGAUCCGGUGUAUGUGAAAUGCAUGAAUGCACUUCAACAAGUUACCGCGCGAGAUGGCAAACCCAUUGUUAUUUGUGAGGAAGGAGACGAGGAAACGAAGGCUUUCGCCGAUAGAGCUCUUGAGAUACCCAAAACUGUCGAUUGCUUGCAAGGAAUUCUCACCGUCAUUCCCAUGCAGUUAUUGUCUUUCCAUAUCGCGGUUAUGCGUGGUUGUAACGUUGAUUGUCCGAGAAACUUGGCAAAGUCGGUUACGGUCGAGUAAAAAUCGAAUGGAUUGUUCCAUGAGUUUUUUUUUGGGACCACAGAUUUUUUGUUAACGUAAUUGCUACGAACUUUUCUCAAGCCACGAAAACGAAAAUUAUAGAUAGAAAAGAAAUAAUUAUCAUCGGGAUACAUCAUGCGAUUAAUAAUUAGCGCAAAUGCCGACAUGAUGUUUUUGUCUUUUAACUCUCGUUAAACUCAGUUUUUCUCUAUUUCUUAUUUACAUUUGUGUGAUGUCUAAUAAUCAAUCGUAUCAAAUGCAAAAAGGUUGUGCUAGAAGAGUGAUCAUCGCGGCACAUACUGUCAAAUAUCUUUGAUCGAUUUAUGAUUCAUAUAAAUUCUUCUGUAAUAAAUAUAUUGCGCAAUAAUAACAAUUAAUACAAAUACUCUUCUUUUACGAAGAGUGAUAUAUGAGAAAGACAGAGAGAGA